UCUCUCUUUCAUCUUGUACGGCCUAUAAAUUCAUAUUCUUCUACAGUAAAAAAACCGGAAAAAGAGAAUGCCGCCUGCCACGUGCCCCUCAGCCUCUUUCUCCACAGCCAUUUCCACUGAGAAAGGCGGCGGCAGGGGAGAGAUCAUGCUUUUCGGAGUCAGAGUGGUGGUUGAUUCGAUGAGGAAAAGUGUUAGUAUGAACAAUCUUUCUCAAUACGAACAGCCUCCUGAAUCUAACAAUAACAACAAAAAUAACAACAAUAACAAUGAUAACGUCACCGCCGGUUACGCCUCCGCUGACAAUGCCGUUCCCCACUCCAUCGGAAAUCGCGAGCGCAAACGAGGUGUGCCGUGGACGGAGAAAGAGCACAAGCUGUUUCUGUUAGGAUUGCAAAAAGUAGGUAAAGGGGAUUGGAGAGGGAUUUCUAGAAACUUCGUUAAGACUCGAACGCCGACACAAGUGGCGAGCCAUGCUCAGAAAUACUUUCUCCGACGAAACAAUCACAAUCGCCGCCGUCGUAGAUCUAGCCUCUUCGAUAUCACCACCGGUUCGGUAGCAGCACUUCCAAUGGAAGAAGAGCAAGUUCAUCGACAAGAGAACGCAUCUCAGCCACCUGAAACUAAUGGGUUUCCCAUGAUACCGGCGGCUUUUCCUAUUACUGUUAAUCGGGUAGUUCAACCGGUUCCAAUUGAGAAUCCAACGGAAAAUCUGACAUUAGGACAUGGGAACCAAUCGAAUAAUAAUGCAGCAGCAAAGCUUAUCUGCUCGGUCCCUAUUUCCCCUGCUCCUCAGGCAUCUGAUCUUUGCUUGAACUUGAAUUCAGUCAUGGAUCCUUCGCCAGUGUCACUCAAGCUGUCUUUGCAAUCUGAUCAAAUGGAUUCUUCAUCUUCGAGACGUUCUACACUUCGGGUGAUGCCAAGCUUCAGCAAUGGAGAUAGCAAUAGCAUCAUCAGUGUUGCUUGAGAAGGAUAAAAUUAAGCAAAAAAGCGACGUUUUAUUAUUAUUAUUAUUAUUAUUAU